GCUCACACGCCUUUGGCCGGGUACUGCAACAACUUCUUCGUUCGUUCGUUCGGCCGGCGAACCUCACCGCAUUGCACUGGUCGUUGACACAGAUGACGCCUGGAUCCAUGCAAGUGUUCCCUGUGAACAGCUCAGAAAGGGUGUUCAAUAUUUGGUGCCUCCUGGGCGGUCUGCUGAUCUUCUCCACUCUUGUGUCGGCGAUCUCGGCGAACGUGGCGCAGCUCAAGAUGGAAAUGCAGGGACACAGCGAGAAGAUGGUGAAACUCGACCGGUUUCUGUACAGGUCGGAGAUCGAAGCUGACGUCAGAGUGCAGGUGUGCAAGCAGGUAAAGUUGAGGCUGAUGCACCACCGGCCACAGGUAGUCACGGAUCUUGUUGAACUCGACCUGCUCUCCCCUUCUCUGCGCAACGAGCUGCAGCUGGCCCUGUGCAAUCCGCACCUCUUCGACCAUGAGCUGCUGCAUGUCCUGUCCAUCACGGACGCCGCGUCGUGGAGCGAGAUCUGCCGCACCUGCGUCGACUUCUCCAUUCUCGCGAAGCUGGACACGCUGUUCACCCCCAGGGCGAGGGCGGAGGGGAUGUACUUCGUCGCGCGUGGCAGUCUGUGGUAUACCAUUGACCGCAGCUUCCCCGGGGAGCUGUCGGAGAGGGUGUUGCCGGGCGGGUGGUUUUCCGAGGCGGCGCUGUGGUGCAAGUGGUGGCACAUGGGCUGCGCCGAGGUCAAGGCCUCCGCCACCUGCGAGGUGCUGCUGCUGAGGGCCGCCACGCUUCUGCCCAUCCUGCUCAAAAGAGGCCUGCUCGGGCAGCUGAUCUGGGCGUACGCGGUCAGCUUCCACACGUUCCUGAAGCAGUCCGUGCCCCCCCUCUUCAACCUGCCGAACGACCUCGUCGUGCCCUUCGGCGCCGACGAGGUCAUCGCCGCCAUGCCGAAGCACGCGACGGCGGUCCUGGGACGGGAGGCACUGAAGGUGCUGUCGGCGCCCCCAGACACGCUCCUCGCCAGCUGGCGCAGCCAGUUCAGUCAGGACAACCUCCACAAGCUGGCAGCGGAGGUGGAGCGCGGGGGGAGCGCGCUACUGGUAACGGCCAAGAGUGGGGUCGUGCGCUGCGUGCCGGUGGUGGUGCUGCGGCUGCGGCGCCGGGACGACGAUCGGCUGUUCGUGCGGCUGCAGACGUCCUGGGAGGAGGGCGCGCAGAGGGCGAAGUGCCAGCUGCCGGGGGGCAAGCAGAUGGCGGGCGAGGACCCGAACGGCUGCCUGCAGAGGCUGUUGCAGGGGAAGCUCAGGGCGCUGGCCAGCGGCCUCACGGUGAGCGGGAUGGAGAGGCAGAGCCAGCAGGAGCAGUCCUGGCACUUCGGCGUCACCACCAGGUACGUCCGCACAAUCGUUGCCGGGGAGUGGCCGAGCGCGGCGGACGAUGCGCUGCAGGAUUUCCUCAUGGUCGGCAAGCAGCCCGCGGGGGACGUCCCCGGCUCGCCCACGCUGUCGUUCAGGAGUGUCUGGUGCAGGCCUUUGCCUUCCCCACGGACACGGGCUGCUUCUACGCCUGGCUCACGGACGAGGAGUUCGGGUUUUUGA